AUGCUUCGAUCGAAUAAGAAUUCAAACAAAUCAGCGGCUAAAGCAAAAAGAAAUUCCAUAUUUUUAGACCACAACAUGUUGAAUUUGUUGGAUAAGAAACAUCAAAUUAAUAACAACCAAGUAACAGUACCAGAUAUCGAGGUAAUGAAAAGUCAGCAAUCGGAGAAGAAAUCGAGGCAGUCCUCAAAACCAAAUUCAAGUACAGAAAGUAGAUUAAAAAGAUCUAGUAUAAUGUUGAACGCCAAUACCGUCCGCGAUUAUCAGAUAGCAAUAAGAAAAUUUGACACAGAAGUGGAAACUCCUCCCGAAAGGAGUGAUUCUGAUUUUAGCAUAUGCUCCAACAAAAGUUCCAUAUCGUCACUUUUCGAAGAAGGAGUUAACAUCCGCGAUGUUUUAUAUGAAGAUUUAGGAUCAUUGGAUGAAAUCUCUGGCGAGAAGGAUGCAGCAUAUUUAGAAGCUACAUUACACAUGACUAAACAAACCUCUCUUUUUAUUAUUUCAGACGUAAAAGACUUCGAUAAUAAAUCGUUGAAGACGACGCUCCUGCAUGAAAUUACAAGUAUUGGAGAAAUCGACGAACAAGAAAGUAGAGCAAAAUACUCAAGAACGAAUCUCACUUUCGAUUAA